GACAGUCCACUUAAAUGCAGCUCCAGGGUUGCGAGACACCCACCAGCAUCUCUCCCCGUGUGAGGUGGCAAAUGCAACAUGCUCUCCAGCUUGGGGUGUCUACUUCUCUGUGGGAGUAUUGCACUUGCCCUGGGAAAUGCACAGAAAUUGCCAAAAGGUAAAAAGCCAAGCCUGAAAGUCCAUAUCAAUACCACCAGUGACUCCAUCCUCCUGAGGUUCCUGCGUCCAAGUCCAAAUGUAAAGCUUGAAGGUUUCCUCCUGGGCUAUGGCAGCAAUGUGUCUCCAAACCAAUACUUCCCUCUUCCCACAGAAGGAAAAUACACGGAAGCUGUAGUGGAUGCAGAGCCAAAGUACCUGAUAGUUGUGCGUCCUGUUCCCCCUCCGAGUCAAAAGAAGUCAUGUUCAGGUAAAAGCCGACCUCGUAAACCUCUGCAGCUGGUGGUUGGCACUCUGACACCGAGUUCAGUCUUCCUGUCCUGGGGCUUCCUCAUCAAUCCACACCAUGACUGGACAUUGCCAAGUCACUGUCCCAAUGACAGAUUUUACACUAUUCGCUAUAGAGAAAAGGAUAAAGAAAAGAAGUGGAUAUUUCAACUCUGUCCAGCCACUGAAACAAUUGUAGACAAUCUGAAACCCAACACAGUUUAUGAAUUUGGAGUAAAAGACAAUGUAGAAGGUGGAAUCUGGAGCAAAAUUUUCAAUCACAAGACUAUUGUUGGAAGUAAAAACAAAGUAAAUGGGAAAAUCCAAAGUACAUAUGACCAAGUCCACACUGUGCCAUCCUACGUCCCAAGGAAGCUAAUCCCAGUAACUAUCAUCAAGCAAGUGAUUCAGAAUGUUACUCACAGAGCUUCGACUAAAUCACCAGAUAAACCUCCCUUUGGAGGAACGAUACUGGUCCACCUUAUUAUUCCGGGUCUUAAUGAGACUGCUGUAAAACUUCCUUCAUCCAUAAUGCUUGAGAUUUCAGAUGCACUCAGGGCACACUUGGCUAAAAAUGAAACCUUGGCAUUACCUACGGAAUCUAAAACACCAGAAGUUGAAAAAACCACAACACAGCACAUAACAGUGAUUCCUGAAAUAGUUCCAAGAACCACGAAACCCACUGUGUCUAGUACAUUAGGCAUUUCUGAAACAACACUGGUUCUCAGCCAGAGGACCCCAGAAACACUCCAAACUAUUCUGUUACCUAAGUUUGAAUUGCCACUGAGCACUCUAGCUCCAAAAAGGUUUCCAGGAUUUCCUGAAGCAAAGACAUCUUUCCCCUUUGAGAAGUCUGGAGUUACCCUCGUAACAAGUGAAAAGUCCUGGGUGGCACCUGAAGCUAAAACAUUAGAAGACUCCAAACUUGUGAAGCCUCAAACUGCAACUUAUGAUGUUUUCUCAAGUCCUUCAACAUCAGAUGAGCCUGAUGUAUCAGAGCCUUCCACAGCAACAAGUGAUCCUAUUCUGGAUUCUAUCCCACCUAAAACUCCUAGAACUCCUCAACAGCCAAGGGCAACACUGGCUCCAAGUGAAGCACCAUUUAUUCCUCAACAAGUGGAUACUUUUACCCGUCCUGCAACACAACCUACAACACAGGCUCCUCAGCAAAUUACAUCUAUCCCUUCCACACCUAAACGGCGUCCCAGACCCAAACCUCCAAGAACCAAACCUGCCCCAGAAUCUCAGACUUUACCGCUGCCACAGUCAACAAAAGCUCCACCAAAGACCAAACGACCUGGUCGUCGACCCCGCCCUAAAACUACACGUAGCCCAGAAGUACCCAAGUCCGAACCUGCACCUAAGCCAUCUAAGAGACCUAAAACUCCACACAGACCAGAUGUACCCCAAAUUGAGCCUGAUUCAAAACCACCAAUGCAAUUACUUCCUAAGCCCCAGGUCACAGCAAAUCCAGAUAUUCCACCAACACAAUCUGCCUUUGAUCUGGUUACAUUCGCGACUCAGACUCCAUCCAUAGCCAUAGUUCCUACCACAGGUACUGAACCUGCAAUUCUAAGAAAUGAGGCUCAAGUGACAACAUUAGCUCCAAAAAUAACACAACGAACAAGAACUCGUCGUCCACGGCCCAAACAUAAAAGCACAGUAAGCCCAAAGGUUCAUCAGACUAAACCAGAUUUUGGACCAAUUACUCCUGGACCAUCUUUAGCUCCAACAAAAAGGACCCAUCGUCCACGUCCCAAACCUAAAACCACGCCCCAUCCAGAAACACCUCAGACAAUCCUGGUUCCUGCCACAAUCGCUGAACCAGUUAUUCUUAGAACCGAGGCUCCAGGACCAACACUAGCUCCCAAAGUGCCUCAAACAGCGCAUCCACAUCCCAUACCAAUAGCCACUUGGAGAACUGAAACGCUUCAAACAGAACUGGUACCUACCGAAGUUUUGGAACAAGUCACUCCUGUAAAAGAGACUCCCAAAACAGCAAUUGACCCUGAACCUGUUACAGAACUUGAACCUGUCACUGUUAGAACUGAGACCUCUGGGAUGACAUUAGCUACCACCACAAUAUCAAAAAGAACCCGUCGUCCACGACCCAGACCUAAAACCACACCACGACCUCAAGCGCCUCAGUCCAAGCCGGGUAAACUUGUAACUACUUGGGUUCCUGCGAUAGUUAUUGAACCCGUCACUCUUAAACCAGAGGCUGCAGGAACAACAUUAGCUCCCAUGCCAUCACAACGGACACGUCGCCCACAUCCCAGACCAAAACCUAUCCCAAGUCUCGAAGCCCGUGAGUCUAAGCCAGUUCCUACUGCAGUGCUUGAACCUGUGACACUCAGAACUGAGACUUGGGUCACAACGCAAGCUGUUAAAACAUUCCAAUGGACCCGUCGUCCACGUCCACGUCCACGUCCACGUCCACAUCCACGCCCACAUCCACGUCCCAAACCUAAAGCCACACCAAGUUCUAAAGUUUCUCAAAUUGUACCGAGUAAAUUUCCUACUGCGGAUCUUGAACCUGGUACUCUUAGAACUGGAGCUCCAGACACCAUGGUUCUUACAACAGUCCUUGAACCUGUCACUCUUAUCACCAAGUCUCCAGAAACAACAAUAGCUCCCAAAACACUACGAACGCGUCGCCCACGUCCCAGACCUAAGACCACAUCCAGUCCUGAAGCUUCUCAGACAAAAUUGGUUCCUAUUCCAGCCUUUGAACCUGAUAUUCAUAGUACUGGGCCUCCAGAAACAACAUUAGCACCUAUUGAACUGCAAACUCUUAUUUUGAAACCAGUGACAUCAUCAAGCCUUGAAAUGGCUUCCAGUCUGCCUGUUUCUGAUAUUCUGGAAGCAGUUACAUUUAAUACUGAGUCAUCAAAGGAGACUAUAGCACCAGCUGAAACAGCUUAUCUAUAUCCCACUACCAAAAUACCUCUCAGGCCAGAGGAGUCAAAGACUGAAGUUGUGGAAUCUGUUUCGUAUGUGUCUGAACCUCCCGAGAUCACACUAGCUCUCAGGCAGACACCACGUACUCCUCCCAAGACAAAAGCAUCACAACAUCCAAGAAUCCCACUAACUCAACCAGCACCUAGGGGGUCCCCGCAAGCUACUUCAAAACCCAAAAUGUCACCAAGUCCGGAAGUGUCAUACACUACAUAUGGUCCAGAAGAUGUACCCAUUCCCCAUGAACCAGACCCCGAUAUCUCUCAGAGUGAACCUGUUCUGCAACCUGUUACCUUUAGAAUUGAGCCACCAAAGACAACAAUAGCACCUUUAGAGACACGAGGCAUCCCGCUCAUACCUAUAAUUUCACCAAGCCUUGGUCAAGAGGAGCUACUGCCCACCUUUGAAGAAACAGACCACACCAUCCAAGAGCUUUUCACAACUAAGAUUCCACAAACAACUGAAUUGGCAAAGACAACUCAAGCACCACGCAGACUGUACACUACUCCCAUGAGGCCCAGAAUAUCUGACAAACCACAUAUUAGACCUGUUCUGAAUAGGACAACUACAAGACCUAUUAGACCCAAACCCACUGGGAUACCCAGCAGGAAUGGAGUGGGAACAGGGGCCAAGCAAGGACCCAAGCCAUGGGGCCCUGGUAGAAAUGUGUCAGUGGACUUAACCCAACUCACAAAGAGACCAGCUACAAUACCAGGGACUCGCCGCCCACCUUUACCACCUAGACCUGUACCCCCACGAAGAAAACCUUUACCACCAAAUAAUGUCACCGGAAAGCCAGGAAGCUCAGGAAUUAUUUCAUCACACCGAGUGACUUCCCCACCCUUAAGGGCAACACUCAAGCCUACCCUAACCACCUCGGACACACCAGAAACAAAUAAAAAGCCACCAACAGCUCCUGCCUCUGGGGAAGAACUUGGUAAUACAACUGACUUCAGCUCAAGCCCAACAAGAGAAACGGAUCAUCUUGGGAAGCCCAGAUUCAAAGGUCCUCAUGUCCGCUACAUCCCAAAGCCGGACAACAAGCCAUGCUCCAUCACAGACUCCAUCAGCCGCUUCCCCACAGAGGAAGCCAUGGAGGGCAAUGCCACCAGCCCACCACAGAACCCACCCACCAACCUCACUGUGGUCACUGUGGAAGGGUGCCCCUCGUUCGUCAUCUUGGACUGGGAAAAGCCAUUAAAUGAUACUGUCACUGAAUAUGAAGUUAUAUCCAGAGAAAAUGGUUCAUUCAGUGGGAAGAAUAAAUCCAUUCAGAUUACAAAUCAAACUUUCUCCACAGUAGAAAAUCUGAAACCAGACACAAGCUAUGAAUUCCAGGUGAAACCCAAAAACCCACUUGGUGAAGGCCCAGUCAGCAACACAGUGGCAUUCAGUACUGAAUCAGCGGACCCAAGAGUAAGUGAGCCAGUAUCUGCAGGAAGAGAUGCCAUCUGGACUGAAAGACCCUUUAACUCAGACUCUUACUCAGAAUGCAAAGGCAAACAAUAUGUCAAAAGGACAUGGUAUAAAAAAUUUGUAGGUGUGCAGCUGUGCAACUCUCUUAGAUACAAGAUUUAUCUAAGUGACUCCCUUACAGGAAAAUUUUAUAACAUAGGCGAUCAGAGGGGCCAUGGAGAAGAUCACUGUCAGUUUGUGGAUUCAUUUUUAGAUGGCCGCACAGGACAGCAUCUCUCUGCCGAGCAGUUACCCACCAAAGAAGGCUAUUUCAGAGCAGUUCGCCAGGAACCUGUCCAAUUUGGAGAAAUAGGUGGUCACACUCAGAUCAAUUACGUCCAGUGGUAUGAGUGUGGGACUACAAUUCCUGGAAAAUGGUAGAUGCUGCAAUCUUGCUCCAAACUACUUCUGGUUCAUACGGCCAAACCCCCCUCCCAAAAAACAAAACAAAAAACCCCCCCAAAAACAAGGAAAAAAAGAAAGAAAAAGAAAAACCCCGUAUGGUAUUUUCUCAUCCAUGUAAUUUUGUUUACUAUACAUUAAAGCCUCCCAUCUAAUAGCAAUGUUAGGUGUUUAGAAAAAAAGAUUGCUGCGACUAUUUAUCAGUUUUUACGAAGUCAUUUAAAGAAAUCAAGAUAUUGACAUUAACAGAAUAACAUUUUUUAGGGAAGCUGGCUCCCUAUUCAUGGUAUUUUAAGAGAUCAUUUGUAUAUUAUUUAUCACACUGUUGUAAUGAUGUUUUGAGAUACUUUUAUAACAAAUUAACAUCAAAAACAAUAAUGUAGUUUUUUAAAAUAUUUACUUCUAUUGGUGUGUACGCUUCCUACUGAUGAGUUAAUUCCUUAAAUCUCUACUUGGUUUAACUUAUUAGAUCAAAUUAUCUUCAGUAUAAGUAUCUGGAGGAAAACAGGUCUUAAUGUUUAUUUAAACUUCAAUUGCUUUUUGCAAACAGCUACAAAUGUUCUGAGGAGUUUAGGUGUUCAUAGUAAUGUAAAUUUCCACAGAAUACCAGAACAAUUCUUACUGAAGAAAUUCUGAAUCACAAUUUCAUUUCGACUAAAAAUGGAAAUAAAAAUCUGAUAUAUUCAGUUUUAAAAGAAGUAUACUAGUUUCUGAAUAUACUUUGUCAAAUUUGGCCUUUAACCAAUUGUUUUUAUGAUUCUAAUCAAACUUCAGAUACACUGAAUGUGAAGUUUGAGGAGAAAAAGAAUUCAUGAUGAGAUUCCUACCACUUUACCAAUGGCUGGCUAUUCGUUAUAUUUAUACAUUAGACCUCUAUGAAUGAAUCAGGGUGUUUCUGUAAUUCUUUCUAACUCAAGGUGUAAUAAAAACCUGACUCAUUUUCAUUAAAAUGUACUGUUUUCAUUUGUGGAGAGGGAGAUGAAAAUGCUACAUUAUUAUGCUCCUGGAAGGACCUUUCCCUAUGCUUAUCUUUCAACAUGCUUCCAUUUUAUCAAUGCUAAACUUUGUAUUUUUUAAGUAUAAAUUCGUCAAUAAAGAGAUGUAGUUUUUUUAA